AUGUCGACAGCAAUCCCGACGGCCGGCGUGAAGCCAGCGGACUAUGAUGAACCGUUCGGGGCCAGCAAAAGCUGGCAAAUGAUAACGUCAGCUUCGGUGUGCAUGGUAUUUUCGACAUUCUGGCUAGGGCUACGCCUCUGGACAAGAAGCCGCAUCUCGAGAGAACUUGGGCCAGACGACUAUCUCAUUGCUGCGGCGUGGAUCUUUGCAACGGCGAUGUGCAUAACAGAAAUGGUUCAAUGCUCUUAUGGACUUGGAACCCACCUUUGGGAGGUUGAUGUCAUUAAAUUCUCUACUUUCCUCCAGGCAAGACCGAAGUUGAAUAUGGUCAUCGGAAACACCUACGCGAUGGCGUUAGCACUCUCCAAAAUCUCCAUCUUGGCUUUCUAUCUCCGCCUCUUUCAGAAGAAGCGGUUCCGGAUACUCGUCUACCUCACCGCCGCGUUUGUGAUAUCGUACACGAUCUCGGGUAUCUUCGUCGUCAUCUUUACUUGCAACCCCGUCGCCGCGAGCUGGGACCUGAAGCUCAUGAUGUUGCCCAGCACGAAAUGCCUCAACCGACCUAAAGCCUACCUCACCGCCGCCGCGUUCAAUAUCAUGUCUGACAUAUUCGUCAUCAGCCUCCCAUGUCGUGAGAUCUGGAAGCUGCAGCUGCCCCUAAGACAGAGGCUAUCAUUAAUCGGCAUCUUCGCCGUAGGACUCGCCGUAUGCGUCAUUUCCGUCCUCCGCCUGAAGUCGGUAGCCAACCUCCUGAACUCAGAAGACAUAACCUGGGACACGACGAUCCUCCUCAUCUGGUCCACGAUCGAAGCCCACGCCACCAUCGUGUGCGCCUGCAGCCCCACGCUCAAGCCGCUCUUCACGCGCUUCCUACCGAAUUUCUUCCGCUCCAGCCUGUCCUCCGGGCGCCGGAAGGGGAGCUCCGGACCGUACGCGCUGAAACAGUCGCGCGACACCACGGGCUGCACGUACGAGCUCGGCUCGAGCCGCAAGUAUGUCGACGCCGAGAACGGUAACCUCACCGUCGUAGGCCGCGGCGCGGCGAGGGAAGGCAUGGUCACGUCGGUUAGCCAAGAGCGCAUCCUGCACGGGGCCAGCGACGACGAGGUGUGUGUGACCCGGACGGUCGAGAUCAAGACGGGGCGGAUGGCGGACUGCUAG